CCACCUCACCAGCUCCAGACGUCGCCGCCGCCGUCGUCGGUUACUGGCCACCAACUUAUUUGACUCCAAAUCUGACAAAGCAAAUGAGCUCACGACGUUUAGUUGUAUUAAUUUGUUGUAAUCACGGGCACUCCAUCGUUGACAUCGUCAUCGGCACACGGCAUCGUCGUUAAUUAACGAGCCAGCGAACCGAACCGCGACGUUGCAGCGAUGGCGUGCGCCGUGGCAGAGCCGGACCCGCGCGGGGACUUCCCGGCGUGGCUGGCGACGCGCGGCAUGAAGCCCACGUUCGCCGACGCCAUGGAGCGCGAGCUGGGCAUCAGCGACUACGAGGAGCUGCUGGCGUGCGCCGAGGAUGCGCAGGUGACGGCCGAGCUGCUGGGCGCCGCCCGCGACCGCCUGCCCUUCGCCUUCUACGCCGUGCUGCGCCGUCUCGUGCGCGCGUUGGCGCCGCGGCAGCGACAGCGGUGGUGGUGGCGCCAGCGCCGACGAGGCCGCCGCCGCAGCCGGGGACCGCUGUCCGGAGACGGCGAAGACGAUGGCGACGGGAAGGAGGAGCGAGCGAGGGACGAUGACGGUGGUGAUGAGGAGGAGGAGGAUGAUGAGGAGCUGGGAGGGUGCGCCCCCCGUUGCGAAGGAGUCCUGGCGAGUCGCGCCGUCCUCGACGCCAUCGUGGCCACGCUGAGCUCCCUGAGCCGCGAGCUGCUGCAGUCGGCGCAGAGAUUCCGCUGCCUGGACUCGCUGGUGCACGGAGACAGUGCCGUGGGGCCGAGCGAGGGGGGAGGCAGCCCCUACCUCAACACCACCACCAUGUCGGAGGAAGUGGAGGUGGCCGAGUCGUUUGAGGCGGAGGCGUUCCACCACGAGGAGUCGGUGAAGAUGUCGGAGAAUGAGGCCGGUGGACGGCACAUGGGGCAGGAGUGGGGUGAGGGGAUGGCGCCAGCCGUGGAGGAGUGUGGGGAAGACUUGGCGGACGACGCUCGGGAGGGCGUGGUCGCCAUGGAGACGCAUGGCGUGCCGGGCACAGGCGGGCGAUGUUGCAGCAGCAGCAGCGGCGGUGGCAGCAGCCACUGGGAAAAGGCAACGACUGUGAAGACGGAGAAAUUCUACAACGAAAGCGACCGGCAGCGUCGCAACUCCCUCCGCGGCAGCCCCAGACCGAGCCGCCACUCCUCUCACGGCCCCACGCCACCUCCGCCGCCGCAGCCUCCGCAGCAGCAGCCACCGCAGCAGCCUCCGCAGCAGCAGCCACCGCAGCAGACACCGCCACCGCCAGUACCGCCGCUCACCGCCGACUGGCACCACCACCACCACCACCCGGCCUCGGCCGAGCCAUCCCGACUGCUCGCGAGGAGCGGCGAGGGCCCGUACGGGCACGUGCAUCACCACCACCAUCACGAGCACGCGGCGGCGACGGCGGCAGCGGCGUCGUACCACCCCCUCGGCCCGGGCGAGGACACGGGGGCGAUCCACGGCGCCGGCGAUGCCCCGCCGCCCGGCACGGAGCUGGUGCAGACAGGUGACAAACGCGGUAAUGUCGGUGGCAUCGGCGGCGUCAGCAGCGUCUUCACGAGGAACUGUUUCCCGGACGAGGCGUACGCCUUCCACCCCAUAAACGUGGUCGGCUUCUGCACCGAGGCGACGCUCCUGCCACCCAAGCCGUCCAUCUACAGCCUCGGCUGCGGCCAGAUGGACGGUGCCGCCCCGCCCCCGUCGUCGUCGGGGCUGAACGGCGGCGCUUGCCAGCCGUUGCCAAAAGCGCCGCCGCGCCGGCAGGACGGGCUGGGCGGCGCUCAGGAUCCGGGAUCGGUGACGCAGCCCCCGCCGGUGGCGGGAGGUCCGGCGUCGGCACGCACGUCGUUCGUGUGCGUGGAGUGCGGGCGGUGCUUCGCGAGCGCCACGCUGCGUCGCGUGCACCAGCGGCGCGAGCACAGCGCCGAGCGACCUUUCCACUGCGACAUGUGCGGCAAGCGCUACACGCAGGCGUGGCUGCUGGCGCGUCACGCGCGCUCCCACACGGGCGAGCGGCCCUUCGCCUGCGCCGACUGCGGGCGACGCUUCUCGCAGGCGUGGAUCCUAGAGCGGCACAAGCGUACGGUGCGGCACCACCGGCACAGCGGCGGCGGUGGUGGCGGCGUUGGCGGCGGCAGCGGAGUGACGGUGGAGCCAGUGCCGCCGGGGCUGCAGCUCACGUGACGGUGACGCCGGCGCCCGAUCGAGCCGGCCGCUUUAAACGGAGAGAAGUUCGGGAAUCGUCUCCGUGCUUGAGGGGAGGAGGGAUGGAGUGGGGGAGGGUUGAGUGGAGAAGCGACAAGAGAUGGGUGGGCGGACUGACGGACCGACAGACAGACUGAUGGAGGAGCAGAUGAGCACAUAGGCAGAAUGAUGAACAGCCAAAUGGAUGGGUAGGUGAAUGAAUGGCAGGACAAAUACAUGGGUAGAAAGAUGAACAGGCAGAUGGUGGAAUGGAGGGACAGACACCGCUGACGAACAGAUGGACAUAUGCAUGGGCAGACAAAUAGACUGACGGACAGACUACAAAGUGGAUAGACAGGUACAGAGAUGGACAGGAGAAAUAUAAGCAAACAGAUGGAUAUACAGAUUGUGCAAAGGAAAGAUAAAGACGCCUGGUUGCAUGUGGACCGACGCGGAUAAAUAAGUUAAUGGGCAGACAGGCAGAUGGGCAGGCGGGUGGGUAGGUGAAGAGAUGAUUGCACAGAUACACGGGCGGAUGGAACUAUGGACAGACGAACAGACAGCGCGUAGGAGAACUAAACGGGACGGACGGCGAGCCUCGCACCGUUGACCUCGUGGUCAAUGCGGCGGGCUUGACACCAGUGUGUGGAGAUGAGAAGGGUAGAAGCGACACGAUGGGAUGGGGUGGUAAGGAGUGCUGCUCUGCUUGGUAACACGUGUCCAUGUGUAUUUCAGUCUUCACAUGUGUUGGGGGGGAGCGGUGGGGUAGUGGUUAGCAUGCCACGCUAUGAACCCAGGCCACCUAAGUUCGAUUCCCGGCCUUGGCUAACAUCAGUAGGGAGUGACAUCUGAACCGGUUCUGAGCCUCUCGUAGGCUGACUCGGCCUUGAGUGCGUACCUGGUACAGUGGGUAAACAUCAGCAUGGGGGAGACAUCGGCGGCUAGGCAAAGAACUGGCCACACCCACUGAAUUUCGUGUUUGGCCUUAAUAGGUGCUUGCUAAUAACACUUGCCCUAACAGUCUAUGUACAGUCUAUGGAGGUGUUGAUUGUCUGUUUUAUGGGUGUGCAUAAUUGUUUGUGUAACUAUUUGUCUGCAUUGCGCGUUUGUAUGUAUGCUUGUCAAUGUAUGUAUGUACGGGUGUGUGUGUGUAUGUGCGGAGCGGUAGUGUAGUAGUUUGCGCACUGCGCUAUGAACCCGUUAAAUUCCCACUCAACCAAUAACAAGUGGAAAAUAUUUGAACUAGUCGUGGGCCUCCCCUAGGUCGACUCAGCGUUGCAAUGAGUAACGAGCAUGACCUCGAGUUAACAUCAAAGUCGUACGGUCGCGGUUGGAAAGUGAUGGUCCCAAAAACAUUUACAAGGCUGUUAUCGGAGCUUAAACAUCGACGUUUGUUAAGAUAGGUUUUUUUUGUUCGUUCGUUUCUCAAUCCUCUUGUCCUGGUAAGGGUUGUGGCAGCAUGAUGAGUAGGGCGGUCCAGACCUCCCUUUCCCUGGCGACAGAGAAAGAUGAGGUCUGGUGAUAGGGAAAACCUUCAACUUGACAGCUUCCCUCAGGUGUCCACCAGCGACUCCUAGGGUUGCCGCAAUGGCAGGCCACAGCUUUUCGCAGCUACAUCCACAAUCGAGGUCCUGAACAUCGUCCACUCGGACUCACUGUCAACGACUACCCCUGGAGUGCAGGAGAAGUUAAUACUUGGCGAGAGAUUUAACGAAGCGCAUCUCACUUUGCCGGUGACCCCGUGACAUCGCAGCUGGGUCAGGGGUCGUAGAACGCAGAUAUUUUUAUUUAACCCCUUUUGUGUUCCGAGACGACGGCAAGUUGCAGGGUGGGUCCCGUUCACCACUGAAUCUCGGCACGCAUAAGCUAUCCGAGUGAAAUGUAUUUUGAGAGGUGUAGUGCCACUGUUUUUAAAUACCACAGCAGAGAACUGUAGUGACACGACCACACUCUGCGAUAGCUGGUGCCAAACUGUGGCACGCCUUCUGGCAGUCAAGUUACCAGUCAAGUUACUUUUACUUCUGGUUCCGUUCCGAUGACGUACAUCAUCGGAACGUUAUCGGAAUAAAAACCGAUGAUGUACACGUACAUCAGCGGAACGGGAGAGAGCUAAGGUAUCAGGAACACCUUGCUGUUGGACCUCGAUGGGAUUGGUUGCAGCUGACUCCAGGUUGCUACGGGGUGUGUGGUGGCCCAUCCCGGUGCGAGCUCAGAGCCAGCACGGUUCCAAAUGUGCCAUGGAAGCGCAUCGACUGUCUCGCCCCGAGCCGCGCCUGUCGUGGUACGUAAUCGUUUUUCAAGCGCAUGGAGCUCAUCGUGAGAAAGUCCUCAAUCUCUGGAGCUAUGGGACAGACACGGGGUGAGAGUUUAGUGCAAGUUGGUAGCGGUUAAGUUUAUACGUAUGGGCUUUUGAGCGCUAUAUUAUCCCCCCCCCUCCUUUGUGUGCGUGGGUUUACUAGGAGCACUCCAUGUUUUUUUUAGUUUUCCUCAUCGCGAUGCAAAUUGCACGCAAAGCAGUUUGCCGAGCAUCCAAAUGCAAGACACUCCUGCUAAAUAAAUCGCAAAGACUUAGGCUGCUGGUUUAAUCAAUUAAAUGUGUUUAUGUUCUUUGGGUUUUUCGGUAAAGUCACGUAGAUAGGUUCAAAUUAAUAAAAAUAAAAUGAACAAAAACCACGACGUUUCGAUAUCACCACAAGCGAUCGUCAUCAGGAGGAAAAAAAAGGGGGAAAGCUGCUGAGGCAGACUCGGCAGCUUUCCUCCUGAUGACGAUCGAUCUACGUGAUUUUACCAAAAGACUCAAAAGAAUAUGAAUUCCUGCAGUCACGAAAGAUUUCAGUCAACAUUUAAAUGUGUUUAUUAGCGAGGGUUUGUCUAAUCAACGGCGUGACUGCUGUGGCAUGUGUUCGAAGUGGGCAGGUUCCGCCUAUUGGGAUUUGUGUUACUGAUGGUCGUGGUCAUUGCUGUCGACGUAUACAGAUCUCGUAAGAAAUUCAUGAGGAAUGCGAUACCGGUAAGCGUUGCAGUGUUUAACAAGCAAAUAUGUUAUGAUGCCAGCGUGGGAGCAGUGUUGAUUUUAGGAUACAAUGAACAUGGAACACCAUGAGGGUGGGGGGCAGGCACCUUAUAUGUCCACUCCUCCACUCGGUGAAAAAAAUAUAUGAAUUGGAUGAUACUAAGAGCAGUCCUUGGAGGUCAAAUGCAAACUGCUGUGGGAUCUGGCAGAAGGAACAGAAGUGAUGGUGGCAUCAACGGCAUUGGCUGAGUGCCUUCCAAGCCAUCCUGAGGAGUUGCCUCUGAAUGGGGGGCACACAGGCGGGGCACAGCCCCCCCCCCCCUCCCUCGCAUCCCAGGAGAAUCACCGAGGCGUUGGAAGGGGUUGGGAGAUUGGUGGCGGCGGCAACGGCAAUCCGGACGGGUUUUGUCCGAGUACUACUGCAUCGUUUUUUAGGCUUUUACUCUUUCCAAUUGUAAGCGCUAAAAUUCAUAAAGAAGAAUUUUAUGAUUGUUUCUUGUGUAAUUUAUUACCUGUUGCGUUGCCGUUUGGGGAUUCGCGAGCUAAAUUCUCGCGAGCGGGGCGCGGCACACGCGAGUGUGCGCCGUGAUUUGUAUGGGAGCGUUUCUCCCUCCGCCGGUUCGCGUCUCGCGUGUUCCAAGGUCGUGGGGCAAUAUCUGCGGCGGUUGUGGGCGUUCCCGUGAUCCAAGCGUUCAGCCCACAGUUGUAAAGGUCGCGAGUUCAAAUGACGAUGGAGAGGUGAAAUUGACACGUCAUUAUCGCCAUCACUACUUCGAUAUUGAUAAAAAAAAACAUUGAGCAGCGGUGGCUUUUACGUGAGGAAUGGAGAGUAACUUUCAGACUGGGUUACCCACGAUAGAAAUGUGGAAUUUCAGCCACCGACUCCUGACUGCUGAUGCAGAUGAGAACCAUCCUACGUUGAGUUUUGGAGGAUCUUGGUUUGUCGUAUGCGAAAUGAAAUUGUCGCAUACAUUUAAAUUCUUACAAAAAAAUGUCAAACAAGCAUUGAUAAAAAAAAACUGAAGACAGCAAAAACACAAGCAACGGCGUUGCCAUUGGUGCACAAACGCACAUUUUUUUUAAUAAAAAAAGCUGUCCCGCGUUUGCCAUGGUUACUGACUCAACUAAAAAACGUUUCAACCACCCACCCACAUUAAAAAGAAGAGGCACUGCCCGACAUGUCCGACUUAUGUUUUUUAAACUUUUAAGGCAGCGUUAAAUGAUGAACAUAGUGAGUUUAUUUUUUAAAUAGAUUGCGGCAAGGGUUAACGGGCAGUGGUGGGUUCAUGACUCAUUGCGAGGAGGAAUUAAAUUGAACGUGUGGUGCAUUGGAUAGACAAGAAAAAAACGUUUGACCCAGAACUAUUUCUUGUGCUCAAGUCUCAUGGCCCUGGCAUGUGACUUGAUGACGCCCCUACUGAAUCACAAGAUUUCUCGAGUAUAGAAAGUUGAGAGGUGCCUGGGUUCAAAUGAAAGAGACGCUUACAUUUAGAGUGCAUCCUACUGCUUUGUUGUUUGGCGUGUGGACUUACAAUGACUGCGAUGCCACGGGUGCGUUUGUUUUAUAGUAAACACAUCGCCAUGCGUUUGGUUAAUGUGCGUUUUCCAUUGGUUGAUAACUGUUCCUCAUCAGUAUCUAUAGAGUUACGUGUAAAAUGCCGCAGGUUGCGUUUUGGCUUAAGUCAUUUUAAGAUAAGUAAUCAAAAAGUUUUCCGCAUUAUCGCUAGAAGCAAAAUGUUUUAUUAUAAUGUCUGGAUAAGUUACUCCUGUUUGUAAGCGAGCGCAUUUUAGAACUCGGUCAUGUGAUUAUCAUUUUAUUUUAUUUUUCUCUUUCAAAGCAAGCGGACGACGCGUGCUCUCGCAGUCAUGCAAGCCGCCUUCUUGGUGGCUGUUCUGUCUUCAAGUUAUUUCUAAUCGGCCUGCUUUAUAAGUUAUAAUAAAUAUGUUACAAACACG